AUGCAGUAAAUCUAGGUCAGGUUUUAGAAAUCAAUUUUGAAGAUGUUAGUUUUACUUAUGGUAUUUUAUUGUCCCUAAAGAAAACCGAAAUUAAAUUUUUAGCUCAUUUCCGAAAUUCUCAAUUCAUAGAGUAAGGGUGGAACCGAAAUAGUUUUUCAUUCACCAAAAUCGGUACAGUUCUACCUCAAAAUACUUUCUCCAGAGAACUUCUUUCAUUGUUAUAAUUGCCACUUUAAAGUCAAUCCAUUUUAUAAUGGUAUUUUUAAUAAUUUUUUUUAAGCUGAGAUUGAUCGUACGAUACAGAGGUUUUGUCAAAACCCUAUUUUGGAAGCUUCAAGAGCUUGUAUUUUGAAAGGAGUUUUUUUAAAUUAUUGA